GAAGGCAAGAAACCAACAACCCCGUUACCCAACCGCUCCUUCAUCUCACCAAUCCGUCUACUCUCUCUCUCUCUCUUAUUGUUCAUUUUUUUUUCUCUUUUUCAUCUUGUUAGCGACUUUUUACCGUCCAAUUUUUGUUGUUGCUUCAGAUCCCCUCUUCUUCCUCUGUUUAAAUUCCCACCUAUUUUCCCUCGUAUUCUUCAAGCUCUACUCUCACCCACUAAAACUCAGCAGAUCUCGUUUCCUUUGAGUUGUUGGAUUCAGAGGAAAUGGUGGUCAGCAGCCCUCUGACACCUGGCCAGGUGUCAUUUUUGCUUGGUUUCUUUCCUGUAUUUAGCGCUUGGGUAUAUUCAGAGAUCUUGGAGUAUAGGAAACCUUCCUCUCCUCCAAAAGUCCAUUCAGAUGUCAAUUUGGUUGAAUUAGGAAAUGGAACAGUCAAGGAAGAUGGUCAGGUUGUAUUACUUGAAGGAGGUGUCUCAAAAUCAGCAUCUGCAAAGUUUCAGAGUUCUUCUGUCCGAUCAAAUUUAAUCAGGUUUAUAACAAUGGAUGAUUCCUUUUUGCUUGAAAAUCGAGCAAUAUUAAGAGCCAUGUCGGAGUUUGGGGCAACUCUUAUUUUCUUCUACCUAUGUGAUCGAACAAACUUGAUUCCGGAAUCUAAAAAGAGUUACAGCCGUGACCUGUUUCUCUUUCUCUACGCUCUCCUUAUCAUAGCUUCAGCCCUGACUUCUCUCAAGAAGCAUCAUGAUAAGUCAGCAUUCUCAGGAAAAGCCAUACUUUAUUUGAAUCGACACCAAACAGAGGAAUGGAAGGGGUGGAUGCAGGUCUUAUUUUUAAUGUACCACUACUUCGCUGCUGCUGAGAUUUAUAAUGCAAUUCGUGUGUUCAUUGCUGCUUAUGUGUGGAUGACUGGAUUUGGGAAUUUCUCUUAUUAUUACAUACGGAAAGAUUUUAGCCUUGCUCGGUUUGCACAGAUGAUGUGGCGGCUAAACUUCUUUGUGACCUUCUGUUGUAUUGUCCUGAACAAUGACUACAUGCUAUAUUACAUUUGUCCAAUGCACACACUCUUCACGCUUAUGGUAUAUGGGGCUCUAGGCAUCUUUAACAAAUAUAAUGAGAUUGGAUCGGUGAUGAUAAUUAAGAUCAUCACAUGCUUUUUGGUGGUGAUAUUAAUUUGGGAAGUUCCUGGAGUUUUUGAACUUAUAUGGAGCCCUUUUACCUUUUUAGUAGGACUUAAAGAUGCAGAUCCUUCUAAAGAAAACCUACCCCUGUUGCAUGAAUGGCGCUUUAGAUCUGGUCUUGAUCGUUAUAUCUGGAUCAUUGGAAUGAUAUAUGCAUAUUAUCACCCAACUGUUGAAAGAUGGAUGGAGAAGCUAGAAGAAUCUGAAACCAAACGCAAAUUAUCAGUCAAAACGAGCAUUGUUACAAUUGCUUUGGUGGUUGGUUAUCUUUGGUAUGAAUUCAUCUACAAGCUAGAUAAGGUUACAUACAACAAGUAUCAUCCUUACACAUCAUGGAUUCCUAUCACUGUUUACAUUUGCUUGCGGAAUUUCACACAGCAUCUCCGCAAUUUCUCCUUGACUCUUUUUGCGUGGCUUGGCAAGAUUACUCUGGAGACAUACAUCUCUCAGUUCCACAUCUGGCUGAGGUCAGACUUGCCUAAUGGUCAGCCUAAAUGGCUUCUUUCUUUCAUCCCAGACUACCCACUGCUCAAUUUCCUGCUCACAACAGCGAUUUAUCUCUUAAUAUCAUAUCGGAUCUUCGAUCUCACAAAUUCACUUAAAAUUGCUUUCGUCCCCAGUAAAGACGACAAGCGGUUGCUACAUAAUUUCAUUGCUGGAGCAGUACUUUCUGUCUUCUUGUACUGUGUUUCCUUGGUCCUAGUUUCUGUCCCCAGGUUAUUGGCAUGAUAUAGUUCAACCAGAAUGAUCGGCCUGAGAUAAGCACGCUUGAACCUUGAAUCUGAGAUGCCAGUCCUUGCAAUUUUGGAAAUAGGAAAAAUAAUUUGUUUUCUGGUUAUGACGAAGAAGAGGAGCAAGGCUGCUUCAGAUUUUGCGGUUGAAGGUCUUUUCUUUCAAUAUUUGAGCUAUAAAGCCCAGGCGUUCUGUAAAUUCUUUUGCUUUUUUCCUAUUUUUUUUCCGUUGGGUGGUUUCAUUCAUGGGAUGGUCAUAAUUCUUUCCGUUAUAUAGGUUAAUGGCCUAUUGGAAGUACCACAUCUCCAUUUUGAUGAAUGGACAAUUAUAAAGAUACUGAAUAUUCAUUGUAUUAAUAUAAUAUUCCAUUUGUUUUUAACAUAGAUUUUAUGAUAAUGAAUAUCCUUUUUUUUAUGA